AUGGGCCAGCAGCCCAGCGCGCCUGAAACGCGGGUCUCCGCGAAGAAGCUGAAGGCCUUCGAGAUUCUCGGGCUCUACACUCAGCUCGAAGCCGCCCUGGAGAAACCCACGGGGCCCGCUGACGUCGGCCAGCCCUAUCGGCAGAUCGUUGCCUGGUGCAAGGCGCACGCCCUUGAUCUCGACCUGGAGGGAGUCCUUGAGAUCCUGGCUUCCGAGGAAAGCGGCUAUCCGCCCUGGCGUCGGCAGGCCCUUGAAGAGGCAUACCGGCUCCUCUACGACGAGGCCGCGUCCUCCGGCUCUCUAGCCCUGGAUCGACUCCCGGAGCCCCCAACUUCGGAGGAGAUUGGCUUCCGGCCUUUGCCCGAAGCCUUGGUCUCGGGGGAGGCCUACAAGCAAAACUGCUACGCAGGAUGCUUUGAAGACCAAAGCGCCUGGAGAAUGUACCGUCGAAGAUUUGACUACGAGAUCUACCGGGUCAACGCGGCAGGUUUCGUGGCUGGUCGGAAAAUCGUUUCCGGGACGCAAACGCGAAGUGUCUGUGCCGCAGAUGUGGCAUCAAAGGUUGCCGAGACGCUGCUGCCAGAUACUUGCUGCGUGAGCCGGGAGGACAUGUACUCGGCCAAGGGGCCGUUUCUGCUGCCCAAGGGUUCACGUGGGCAGCCGCGGUGGGCGCCGCCGGUGGGAGAUGAGGAAAUGAGCAACUCUUUUGCCUCCCACCACACGAAGGUGCUCGAACCGCUUCACUGGGAGGACGGCGAAGUCCCUUCCCAGCGCGGCCGUUUGAGUAUGCCUGGUCACACAGGAGGCGUCAGAGGGUAG